AUUUUCCAUUUAGUGUUUCACGAUGUUUACGCUAUCUAAGUUUUCUCAACCCUGGAUGCAGUCAUUGCGCAGCGCCUAUAUAGUGUCCAAGCGCUUCCCCAAACGCAAGUACCAUGAUCAGAAGAAAAACGAAGAUGACGAAGGAGAGAGACCCACAAAGAUCUCGGCGGCCGCUCAGCUCGCCCAAGCCGUGCAUAGCGACACCAAGCUGGAGUCACCGGAGCCAGUGCAGCGCAUGGUCGAGCUGGAGAAUGUGCGCUCCCGGAUCAAUGAGCUGGAUCAGCGCAAACUACGGCAUCAGGAAUACGCCCAGAUGCUCAAACAGCUGAUCAUCAAGCCAUCCAACUAUGCCCAGGAGAUGAAGCUGCCAUUCAAGCAGCCCAUACCAGCCAACAACAUGCGUCAAUCGCUUCGCAACUGCUCCAGCACCGAGGAGGUGCUCCAACUGACCAACGACCCCGAGCAGCUGGCCAACGAGCUAGUGCGUCUCGCCUGGGAGCUAAAAACCGAGAAGCGCAAAAACGAUGUCGUACUGGAGAGCUAUCUAGAGCUGAAGCAAGAAAUUCUCAACGGCAAGUCCAAGGCCAAUGGCGAUACUUAGUCGACAGUUCCAAACAACAAAAGCACUGACGAUAGCGGUGGCAUCCGUAUCAA